AUGGUACCAAUUUGUCGAGUUCGGAGGGAUCAAAGGCUUGAUGAGCAUCAGGGCGGAUUCGGACCUCCGAUCGUGCAGGCAGCGGGACCUCUAACCGACUUCGCUACACCUGCCCAAAGUGAAGCUUACCAAAAAGAAUCACAAGAACGCGGCAAAAUGAAACUUCACGCCUUAUUAGUUUAUAUUUUGCAGGAUACUCCACUUGAUGACACCAGCGAAGUAUUGUCACUUUAA